AAAAUUUAUUUGCGCAUUUCAAUAUUUUUAAAUAAAAAGAAUACGAUUAGGAAACAAUUUUGCGAAAGGACGAAGCUACGUCUACUUUUAUCAAAAGCCGAAAACUACUACUAACCUGAACUUGUUUCACGCAUAGCAAGUUUAUUUCUCUUUCAAUACUUCCUUCAUCUACAUACUUACAUAUGUAUGUAUAUAUUCACAUAUCACUGUAACUUUCUAAAACACAUUUGAUAUUUCGGGUUAUCAUAAUAAAAUUACAAAUUCACUAACCAAAAAUAUAAAUUGUUUGACUUGCGCAGCAAAAAGGGCUUCUACUGUUAACCGACUGAUAACCGAAAAAUGGCUUUCGGACCGCCUACGCGCCGAUUACUUGUAUUAGAUUUUGACGAGACGUUAACGUCUAUAGAUCCGGUAUUCCUCCUACGCGAUUUGCUACCCGUAAAUCGACGGCCCAAAGAGCCUAAUUUUACGAGAGUUGGCUGGAUUGACUAUACGAACUCGCUAUUAAGAGAGCUGUGCUCAUCAGGCUUUUCAGUGGUAGAGUUACGGAGCCUCAUUGCGGCCAUACCGCCAGUUCCCAGUAUGGUGGAAUUUGUGCAACAUCUAUACGAUUCGUGUGAUCCCAAAUACGACAUCAUCAUUAUAAGCGACACCAGCUCAAUUUUCAUUCAGGACUGGCUUGCCAAUCAUAAACUGACCAAAUGUAUCAAAGCCGUUUUCACGAAUCCAGCUUUCGUUGUAAGCAACGAUGGGCUCUUGAUGCGACCCUACCACAGUAACACGUGCCCGUUAAGUCCACCUAACAUGUGCAAGCGUUCCAUUCUGGAGAACUAUGUGUCGAAGCGACAUGAAAUGGGCAUCAAUUACGAACGGACGAUUUUCGUUGCGGAUGGCGCGCAUGAUUAUUGUCCUAUGUUGGGUAUACGUAGAGAUGAUAUAGUGUGUGUUCGCAAGGGAAAGGAUUUGGAGCAGAGAGUACGUUGCUACCGCAGAAAGUGCAAGGUACGGCCGCUGUUAUUGUUGUGGAGUACUGGACAUGAGUUGCUGUCGUUGCUGGAGUCAGUAAUGGACUGCGUGGCUAUUUCAUGUUUUUGAGCGUU